AUGUUCAACUCGGUCAACCUGGGCAACUUCUGCCCCUCGCAGGCGCGCAAGGAGCGCGCGGGCGGAGGCGGCGGCGACUUCGGCGAGCGCGGGGGGAACCUGUACGUGCCCGGCUGCGCCUACUACGUGCCCGAGCUGCCCGCGGUGCCGCCGUUCGCGCCGGGCCGGCAGCUGCCCUACCCGUACCCGGGCGUGCCCCGCGAGGUGCCCUACGCGCUGGAGCCCGCGGGGAAAUGGCCGCCCCCGCGCGGGAAUUACGCGGCGUGGAGCUCCGCGGAGGAGCUGCUGCACAGGGAGUGCCUGCCGGCCGCGGAGGUGCUGAUGAAGAACGAGAAUUACCAUCAUCAUCAUCACCAUCAUCAUCACCACCAGCAGCACCAAGGCGCGGCCGCGCCCGCGUUUUACCCCGCGGUGAGCAAGGGCUCGGUGCUGCCGCAGGGCUUCGAUCGAUUCUUCGAGAACUCCGCGCUCUGCGCGCCCGAGAGCGCGGCCGAGAGCGCGGACGGCGCGAGGAGCGCGGAGGGGAACGCGCAGGAGGAGGAGGAAGAGGAGGAGGAGGAGGAAAACGCCAACCCCGGCUCGGCCUCGGCGGCCUCGGCGGCCGGAGCCAAGGAGAGCUCCAAGAGCGGCGCUCAGAGCGCUCCGCGGACGCGCAAGAAGCGCUGCCCUUACUCCAAAUUCCAGAUCCGCGAGCUGGAGCGGGAGUUUUUCUUCAACGUUUACAUCAGCAAGGAGAAGCGGCUGCAGCUCUCGCGGCUGCUGAACCUCAGCGACCGCCAGGUGAAGAUUUGGUUCCAGAACCGCCGCAUGAAGGAGAAGAAGCUCAGCCGGGACCGCCUGCAGUAUUUCUCCGGCAACCCCUUGUUGUGA